CCUCCGUUAAUAGCACAAUUUCGCACUUCUUUUGGAAAUCAAACGUUAUGUAAAAUUUUGACAGAAACUGAAUCUGCAAAAUCCAGUGGGCUACUCCUUUCGGUCCUACAAUUUCACAAUCGAUAUCGGAUUAUCAAGGGUGCUUUCGCAAGUAAAGUCGGAACGAAAGAUUCAAGUUAAGGAAUCUAAACGAUCAAGGGGCCUUUCUAUUAUUAUGUCUUCACACGGGGAGGAUCUGCUUCAUUUGCCCAGGUCAAAUUGAAAAUCCUAUUAAUGCUUGCCAGGUGAGCGGUAUAAGAAUGAAGGUAGCUGGAAAAUUUAAACUCCAUGCUCACAUGGGCUGUUUUGAUCGUGGAAAUGAACCAGCGGUCAAGGAAGUGGCAAUGUCCUAUAUGUUUGAAGAAUUAUUCUUUGGAGAAAAUCAUCAUAGAUGCCAUGCCUAUUUCAAUCGGAUCACAUCUAAGAUGAAAAAUUGUGGGGAAGAUGUAGCAGAGAUUGAGGUGAAGCCUGAUGGCUCGUGGUGUGUUAAGGCAGAGCAGAGAGUGACCGCCAGGGUCUUGGGGAGCUUGGCCUGUGGCAUUCACCUAACGGAACUCUCUGUGCAUCCAUUGAGACAGAAAAUGGAUCAUAAACCAGUUAAACCUGAUGUCGUCGCUUCAGAUAGUAAUGCUGGUCUUUGACUAGGGGUGAUAAACAACCAGAAAGGUAGCCGGGAAAUCAGAUGAUUUUUAGGGAAUUUUACCUGCAUAUAUAGGUUCGAAGAAAUUUUAUUAACAAUGGCCAAAUUAUCCUAUGAGCAGCAGUGCUACUGGCAGUGGUAGAGAUUGUGAAGAUGUUAGUGUUUGUUAAUCAGGAUGGUGGGGGAACCCUUCAUUUCUGUAUGGUAAAUGGUAUUGAAUAUGAAACUAAUUCUCUUA